GGUAUCCAAGAAAAAAACACGAGAGCAAUAAAAAUUAUUUCUUUCUUCCAAUCUCUAUCAUCAGAUUUCAGUUUACGCAAAACCCCAAAUUUGAAGUUUUCUUCCUUCCGAGGAUUGAUCGUGUACUUUGGUUUACGAGUAGAUGUGUCAAAUCGAGACCGGAAUCUUUCAGUACCAUGAGCUAUAGUGGAAACGCUGGUAUGGAUGGAAGCAAGAAGCAAAAGAUUGUAAAUUUAGUGUGGAGACCCAUCUCCUCUCAAUCCUCUUCAGUUGCUGCAGAAGUUGGAAAUGAAGUGCAAAAAUCGGCUCAGUGUAGCAAUUCAAGUGAUGUUGGAGGAGUGAGUGAGACUGCCUCGGUUGUUUCAACUGGAAAGCAUUCGGCUUCUCUUGAGGUUGGGGCUUCUCUGAUUAAGUUCAUCAGAGGGAAAGAAGGAACUACACAGAUGAAAAUUGAAGAGGAAAUGGGAGUGAAGAUCAUUUUUCCAUCAUCAAGGAACGAAGAUCACACCAUCGUUGAAGGUGGUUCAGUGGACUUUGUGACUAAAGCUUCAGAAAGAAUAGCAACCAUUAUCGAUGAGGCCGUAAGGAGUCCGAGUCUAGACUACUCACACUUUGUAUCACUUCCACUGGCCAUACACCCUGAGUUAGUGGACAAGCUAGUGAAUUUCCAGAACUCUAUACUCGGAAACCAUAGCAUAGCUGGUGAUGAACAAGAUGACCAAGCCAAUAAAACAACCUCAAGUGUGGCGGUUGAUCUAAAAGCUAAUAGCGAAACAAACCAGGUCAAUGUUGAUAUCAAGAGCAUACCAAUUGUCAGUUACCAGCGUAAGCCUAAAGAAACAAAGUCAUCUACUUUAUCUGACCUGGGAAUUGAAAAGUCCAUAUUUAUCAAGCCCAAUACUUUUCACUUGACUGUGCUUAUGCUAAAGUUAUGGAACAAAGAUCGAGUCGAAGCAGCCCGUGAUGUUCUGAAGAGUAUAUCUCCUAGUGUGAUGGAUGCUUUGGAUAACCGGCCACUAUUCAUUAGACUUAAAGGAUUGGAUUGUAUGAGAGGAUCAUUAGCCAAGGCUCGUGUGCUCUAUGCUCCUGUUGAAGAAAUUGGCGAUGAAGGCCGGCUUUUACGUGCUUGUCAAGUUAUUACUGAUGCAUUUGUGAAAGCUGGGCUUGUUCUUGAGAAAGAUGCAAAGCAAAGCUUGAAGCUACAUGCGACCGUGAUGAAUGCAAGGCACAGGAAAAGAAAGGACAAAAGAAAUAAGAUGGAGACGUUUGAUGCAAGAGAGAUACACAAGCAGUUUGGCAAUGAAGACUGGGGAGAGUAUCUGAUCCGAGAAGCUCAUCUCUCACAGCGUUUUGUGUUCGACCAGAGCGGCUAUUACCGCUGCUGUGCUUCAAUACCAUUUCCAGGGGAACAGUGAGCCUGAAGAGAAACAUCAAACCGGUCACAGUCUCAAACCUCAAGCUUCUUCACAGGUUUUUGGUCCCAAACAUCUUUCUACUGUUUCUUCUUUAUGAUUUAAUAAAUCAGUGUGUGUUGUAUGGCAUUGUAUAAGCACUUAAAACUUUGAGAGGAGAACCAAAUUGUAAAGUUGUACGGGUCUUCUUGUUUUAACCAAA